AAACCAAGCACAUUAAAAGUGAAAGUGAAAAUGUGUGUUUAGUGUGUGCUGGGGAUGAAAUGAAGGAAACCAGAACUGUCCAUGUAAUUCACAUAGCUCUUAAUAUUUAAAAUGUAAAAUGCAGGAGUGUUUCUGUGAGGGUUCAGUUUAUGGCUGGUUUGGGUGACAGAAUUUGUGUAAUCUCGGUCAAAAAUCAACGGAAAGUCCCAGCAAGUAUAAGAAAAAAAAAUCACGUGUGUUUUUGUAGUGGGCAGGUACUGUGCCAAAGUGAAGUGGUUUCUCUUUCUCUUCUGUUUACAUCUGAUUUAAGUGUUUAAAAUGAUUAAAGUGGCAGAGCAGACGUGAUCCUGAAGAGAGACGAGGAGCUUACGGCUAGUGCUGAAACCACAAGUGUGAUGGACGUGCAGAUCGCUAUAGAGUCGGAUUUCAGUGACUCUGAGGAGUCGACGGCGGAUCUGUUAGAGCCUGAGUUCACGUGUCACUGCUGCUAUGAGGUGCUGGUCGAUCCCACGACGCUGACCUGUGGACACAGCUUCUGCCGCCACUGCCUGGCCACAUGGUGGGCGUCCCCGCGUCCCAGCGUCCGGACCGACUGCCCAGAAUGCCGAGCGAUAUGGCAGGGCUAUCCUGAAGUCAACAUCCUCCUCCGGGAUGCGGUGGAGAAGCUGUUUCCGGCUGACGUGAGCCGACGGAAGCAGGCUGUCCUGAAUGAUCCGUGGCUCUGCCGUGUUCUCCAGGUGUUCCAGCAGCACGGGAAGAGACCGGUACGUCAUGCAGCUCCACAACCGGUGAACCAGAACCUACCACAGAUCAACCUGAGAGAGAUUCAGGAAGGAAUUGUGGCGGUGCUGAUCUGCUUGACUAUGAUGGUGUUGGUGUAUCGCGCCUUCACUGCCGACCCCAGUCAUAAGACGCUGCUCAGUAAACCGCUCAACAGGUGGAGCGUUAAUGAUGUCACACUGUGGGUGGAACAUCUGGGUGUCUGGACCAGUCAGUAUAAAGAAACAUUCAGCCGGGAGCAGAUCGACGGCAGAUCACUGUCUGCUCUCAGCGAUGAAGAUCUGUCUGCGGCUCCGUUCAUGAUUGAGAAUCGGUCUCACAGACGGAUCAUUCUGGAGGAGCUGCACAGACUCAAAGAGACUGGAGUCACACGACCACAGACGCUCUGGGAGUACAAGGAGGUGAAUCCAGGUAUGACUCUGUUUCUGCUGGUCAGUCUGAGUAACUUCCCACGUCUGACGCUGCUCUACCUCUACCUUUUUGAUUAUGAUGUCACCUUUCUGCCCUUCAUUCAAACCGUCUGUCCGUCCGAUAAGCCUCAGCAGGAUUGGCUAGGUUGGCAGCAGUGGGCGGAGUUUCUGCUGAUGUACUUCCUGUUGCCCUAUCAGCUGCUGACUGCAUUCUCCUGGCACUGGCUGAGCGUACAUUACUGGACAGCAGGUGUUGUCAUUGUUCACGCCGCGUUACUGACAGUUCUGGACAUCUGUAUCUAUUGGACGCUGUGGAGGAAGGGACAGAUGAGGAUGCUCCCUAAGAUGCUUUGGCUUCAGGUGAUAGCAGUGUUGUUAAACUCAUCUCUAUGUGUGCUCCUGUGGGCGCUGCUCCCUCUGUUCAUUAUUAACAUUGAGAUCUACACCCAGCUGUACUUCAGCCUCUUCUUCACUGCAGUGCGGGUGAAACAAACACUCCUGCAGGCAGAGAGACCGCAGAGGCCCUGACACCCACACACACAUCCCCACCCACCCACUCAUGAAUAUACAAAUCAACAGUGUAUAGAUUUGAUCAACUCAUUCCCUGGAGAUCAAACCCAUAACCACGUGUAGAGCCAUGAUUUACUGUUAAAAUCACCUUUCUGCCUUCAUGUUGUAUUCAGUUCUAUAGUAUUGUCAGUAAUUCAGACAGUUCAGUACAAUUCAAUCCAGUAACACAUCUGUAUUUUUAUUAUUUGAUUUCAUUCAUUUAAGAAUCUGUAAUGGACAAUAAUAUAUAGACAUUAUUUAAAUAUUUUUAUAUUAAUAAAAAG